AUGACCGAUACACUUCCCCGCGAGACCGCUCUAGAAAAGUCCGGACAAAUCAACACCCUUCAGCACGAACGCUGGAAUCUCUGGCGGGAUGAACAAUCCCCAAAUAAGAAGCGUUUCAACCUCCAUAAUCUACUCCAGACGGAAGUCAAACUUCGGGAAAAUGCUCAGCGGGAAGUCGCCCUUAAAGCAAACUCGCAGUCUAUCGAAAGCAAACCACCGCCAAUGAUAGCCCUGUUCCCACGGAUCUAA